AUGGAACCGCCAAAACUUACCCAUGACCAUGAAUGGGUCAUACAGAUAAGUCGAGCCAUAGAAGAAGGCCUCGAAAAGGACGAUGAUGAACCAGUUCCCACUAGCAUCUUCAGCGUACCCAAAACCCUAAUGUCUAUCAAACCAGAAACAUACACGCCACAGCUUGUAGCCCUCGGCCCAUACCACCACCAGCGGCUUGAACUCUUGGAAAUGGAGCACUACAAGCUUGCUUCAGCUAUGAGAGUGCAAAAGCACAUCAAAGAAAUCAAAUUUCGCGAUUUGGUUAACCGCAUCGCGGAAAGUGAUUGCACCAUUCGAGCUAGCUACCAUCGAUUGUUGGUGUUUGACAAAGAAACACUCGCAUGGAUAUUUGCCAUUGAUGCUGCCUUCAUAUUGAUGUGCCUCCAAACCUACUCUUCCACAACAAACCGAGGCUCACGAAUAUCUUCUAAGAUGGCCAGUUUGAUCGACUACGCUAGGAAGAAAACCACACAUGACCAUGCAAUACUCAGGGAUAUCAUCAUGCUGGAAAAUCAGAUCCCUCUCUUUUUGCUUAAAGAAGUCCACCACGAAUUUUAUUAUUACGAAGAUCGUGACGAAGUAUUAGCCAACAUACUGUUGGGUUUUUGCAAAGAUCUAUCACCCAUCAAGUACUUUAAUAUUGAUCAACAACAUUUCAGGGAAAAAUGUUUCGCGAGAGCCCAUUUGCUAGAUCUUCUAUACUACAUGGUUGCGCCAGACUUGCAACUUUCAACUGAUUGUGAGCAGGAAAAGCCGGAAGAGGAUGAAGAGAUUGGUUGGUUUAGAAAAGCCUGGAAAUUAAUCUUGAAAUUGCUAUGGUAUAUUCAUUAUACCCCGCUCCUCCUCCUUAGCAGGAUUUUCAAGUCGAAAGUAGUCACACUCAUACUCACAAUACCACUCACAAUAAUCUCGGCUUUUUCGAAUCGAGGAAGCAAGAGUGCUACUGCUAUAACCGAUCUAAUAUCGUCCGCAGAGAACGUGGCCGAGAAUUUGGAAAGCCCAUCUAGUUAUGACAGGAAAGACGAAAGUCCUUUAAUCGAAGAGAUUGGAAUCCCAAGCGUGACCAAGCUUCAUAAAAUUGGUGUCAAAUUUCGUCCAGCGAAGGGUGGAUUGGGAAGCACAAAAUUUGACAAGUCUUCUGGCUCAUUUUACCUUCCAGUUAUUCACUUAGAUGAUAACUCCGAGGUGGUGCUAAGGAACCUCGUGGCCUACGAGGCAUGUAUCGCCCCUGAGGUGAUGGCUUUUACACGUUAUACAGAGUUGAUGAAUGGAAUAAUUGAUACAGAGGAGGAUGUGAGGAUUCUUCGUAACGCAGGGAUCAUCUUGAACCGCCUCAAAAGCGAUGUAGAAGUGGCGACACUUUGGAAUUGGAUGACAAAGUCUGUGAGGGUAACGAAAGUUCCGGUUCUUGACAAGGCCAUUGAAGGCGCGAAUUCUUAUUAUUCGAAGAGUUGGAAAAUGAGGAUGAACGGGAACAUGAAGAAUUAUAUGGUUUCUUGGUGGCCAUGUCUUACCUUUUUGGCAGCGAAUAUUCUAAUAUUGCUAUACGUGGUGCAAACAGCCUGUACUAUAUACACUUGCUCUAAAUGGAUGCAAGCCCUGUGA